AUGAUCGCAAACUUCCUGCUGCUUCUGGUGCUGGUCACCUUCGCUGCAGCCUCCUACACUCCCUCCAAGGGAAGCUGCCAAUACGACACCAACCUGCUUCGAGAAGCCUCCAGUAUCUCUCCUGAUGAGGCCAACUACGUUGCCUCCAAGCAGUCCAGUUCCGAUUCCGCUUUCCAGAGCUACCUCAAGAACGUCAACAUCCCUGGUCUGGAUGUGAACCAGUCUGCCAACAUUGCCCUUUCCUUCUCUGGAGGAGGAUAUCGAGCUAUGUUGUCCGGUGCUGGCCAAUUUUCUGCUCUGGAUAGCCGAAACGAGAUCGCCAACACUAUGGGAGGUCUUUUACAGGCAUCCAACUAUCUUGUCGGAUGCUCUGGAGGUGGAUGGCUGGUCGGCACUAUUGCCAUGAACAACUUCCCUACUAUCGCUGAGGUCCGAUCCAACUCUGACCUGUGGAAGAUCAAUGACAAUGUUCCCGAGCUUACUAACCCUCUUUCUUGGUUGGCGUUUGGUAGAUAUGCUGGCAUUGUUACUGCUGCCCUUGGAAAGCGUUUGGCCGGAUUUAAAAUCUCUUUCACCGACGAGUGGGGUCUGCUCGUGGGGCGAAAUCUUGUUGAUAAGAACGGCCCAUACUCUACCUGGUCCGACAUCAAGGUCACCCAAUCUUACCUGUCCAACGAGAUUCCCUUCCCUAUCAUUGUCGGUACCACUCUGAACAGCGCUGAUGAGCAGGAGGCUCAGAUUACUAUCGACAACCCUUUGAUUGAGAUGACCCCCAUUGAGUUCGGCUCCUUCGACAAGUCCAUCAAAUCUUUCUUCACUACUUCUGCUAUUGGUACUUCUGUUUCUAACGGCCAGCCCACCUCUUCCCGAUGUGUCACUGGCUUCGACAAUGCCCAGUUCCUGCUGGGAACCACAUCCAGUCUUUUCCAGGGUGUCAGUGGAUGGCAGAAGACUAUGCUGAACAUUGUUGGGGCUCUUAACGGCAACAUCGCACCCAGUGCCAUCUAUCACCCCAACCCUUUCAAGGAUGCCAGCUCGGUCCAGGCUCCUUUCAACGGUGACUCUCUCUAUGCUUCAGACGGAGGUUAUUCUGGCAUGGUUCUUCCCCUGUGGCCCCUUAUGCAGCCAUCUCGAAACGUGGACUUGGUAUUCUCAUUCGAUAACAGCGCAGGAGGUCCCAACAAUGCUCCUAGUGGAGUCACUCUGGCUAACGUGAAGCAGAAGGUCACAAACGAGAUGGGCGAAGGAGUGUUCCCCGAGGUUCCCAGCAGCGAGGAGUACAUUGCCAACUACCUUGUCAAGCCAGUGUGGCUCGGAUGUGAAGUUUCCAAGCUCAAAAAAAUCCCCAACACAGAUCGAUACGUUCCUCUUGUCAUCACAAUGGCCAACCACCAGAUCAACUACAACUCUCUUCAGCAGACUGACAAGAUGGACUAUAGCUCUGAUGAGCAAACUGGUAUGAUCUCUAACGGUUUUGCAGUCGCUUCUAACAAUGGUGACCUGAAGUGGGCCCAGUGUGUCGGCUGUGCGGGUAUUCUCCGAGAGUUCCAGAGAACUGGUAAGGAACUCCCUGAAACCUGCCAGGCUUGUCUCAAGGAAUACUGCUAUCAGUACUCUGGUUAA